UGCCUCUCUUACCUCCUAACCCUCUGUGGGCCCCUGCACCAAUAAUAUAAAUAGUAAAUACCUAUGUUUACCACAAAUUUCUUGAGAUUUCCUUUUAAAAUAUUUUUAAAAUUACUUAAAAAGAUAUAACACUUUUUGGUAAGCUUCAUCAAAAUUUUAUGAGCCAAAGGCAUUUUUUAUCCGUUUUCCCAUGCAGUUAGUAGUAAAAGUUUAAAUUAAUCAAGACUUUUAAAAAAAUUUUAAAGUCUGAUUUAAUUUACAAAUUAAAUUGGUAACUGAAUUAAAUUAUUUAAUUUAAUUUAUGCAUAUAAGUAACAAUAAUUACUUAUAGUGUAUUCAAAUCCAAGCCGAGCUAAACAAAAACGCCCAGACGCUUGAUAACUCGUUCUUAUUGGUCGAUUCCGAAUCUGUUGUAAAUUAUUAUUAAAGGUCCCAGGGGAGGCCGCAUGUAAAAUUUAUGCGAAAUUUUCAGUAAAUUGCGAAACUUUCAAUGACAUUUCUGAAAGUUUCAAAGGCAAUGUUGAAAUUUUCGGAUUGAAAAUUUCAUUUGAAAUUUUUUAAAAUUUCACUUUUCCAACUAAAUGAAAUAUUUCAAGUUUGAAACUUUCAAAGUUGAAAUUUUCAUUUGAAAAUUUCAACUGUCCCAACCCUACUCAUACUCAAUAUAUAAAUCUCAACUUUAAGUUGGCCAGAAAAAAUCGACUGAUUUGUCCAACCCAAUAUUUUAGUGCUUUUUAAAUUUGAUUGAAUUUAUUAUAUUUAUAAAAAAUGUCUCGACAAUUAAAAGUAUCAAGGUACAAUUUUACCAUUUUCAAUAGUAACUCUGAAAAAUAAAACCAAUCUUUUAAAGAUGAACGCCAUUGUUCCUGACCAAAUUUUGGAUAAAAUGAUAUGUUCGAAAUGUUCGAAAUACCUAUCGGUUCUUCCAGUGCGCAUCUAUUCAAAGGGGGAAAAGAAAUGUGGCCGGUGUAUUAAAAAAGAUGACCAGGGAGUACCGUUGCAGGUAAAUACAAAAUUUCAUAUGAUGCAGUUCAAAUGUUCAAAUCGCUACGAAGGGUGUACUGCUCUUUUACUACCGAAAGAAGUGAGGAAACAUGAGGUUAAAUGCGUCAGCAAAUAUUCCGACACGUGUCCAUUAUGUCCCAAAUCUUCUAAGAUGGCACCGUAUGUGAUGCUGGAACAUUUUAAAAAUCGCUACGGACAUUAUGUAUUAAAGGAACCCAUAUUCGAAAUUAAUACCACCAUCGAUUCAAACAAUUAUUACUUGUACGUAACAAACAACAUGAUAUUUAUGUUGAACGUGUCAGUGGAUACAGCGCAAGAUAAAAUAGUUCUGGACAAUAAGCUGAUGGAGUCAGAAAGAACGGCGAAAACUAUAAAUCAACAAUUUCGCAUACAAGAUAUCACCACUGAGCUGAAACCAUGCAAGACCACGUUAGAUGGAAGUUUCGUUUUACCCAUGGAACAAAUUAAAAAACAAGAAAAUAUAUUAUGCGAACUUAUUUUGAAGUUUGAUGUUUCAAAAUCUUGUGAGGCAGAGCAAAAUAAGCACAAAUUAAAUCAUAAUUGUGAUUAUUAUAAAUCCCAUUACUAUCGAAAACUACAUCUGUCUGAGGAGAUAAAAAAACUAAUGCCAAAUUGUAAACUAUCUGCUUGUGAAAUGUUUAUUGCCGAUGGUGAUAUCACAUACAUUUUAUUUUGCAGUUUUUGUGGUGGGGAUUUGUAUCCAAACCCUUAUUAUAAAUACAAAUCCUGUUUGGUUCCAACUGCGGGUUGCAGUUCCUGUAAGAAUUAUGUGAAAACCCCAUGCUCCAAAGGACACUCAGUAAGAAGGUGUUUAAGAAAUAAACAAGAUCAAGCAACAUUUCGAGCUUAUUGCAAAUGGAACUGCGGCCAAUAUUUUAAUUAUUCCGAACUCCCUAUACAUGAAGUGGAUUGCAUUUCCCGCGACCCGAUAGCAAAUUGCCCAGUACAAAAUUGCCCAGCUGGAAGUUUUAAAAACUUUUCGGAACUCCGUGAACAUUUCCAAAUUCAUAAAAAUACAUCAUUAAACCCAUAUUACGAUAAUCAAAUAUGGUUUGGUAAUAUUCAGGAAAAAGAGUUGUUGUAUAUUUUUCAGGAUCAUGUGACUGUUGUUUUUUCUAGAGGUAAUGAAUCCAUUAAAUUGACAAACGUGAUUCAAAACGAUGAAUGCAAGCUUAAAAUUUUUGUGAAUGAAAAACAAAUUGUACUUAAACAAAGAAUUAAUUUUUGUUAUGACGAUUUAAUUAAUUUCAGAGUACUAGAAGAACAUAAUGUAACAUGUAAUGAUGUUAAUGUUUGAGGGGUUGAAAAUUAUCUUUAGUUUUGUUAUUACCUAUGGAUUUUAUUUCCUUAAUAUUGUAAAUGCAUAAUAUUGUAUAUUUAUAUUUUCUUAUUAU